GCGCACGUGUGUGUGUUAGGGGAGGGGCGAGGGGAGGAAAGAGGAAGUGAAGGCGACGCCGUGCGAAAGGUGAAGUGCUGACGGGCGUCUUCCUGAUGUGUUUCAUGUCGUGAGCGGUUGACAAAGACCAGUUAGCCAGAAAAGAGGACAUAGGAAAGUUUGUGCAAAAUGGGUGACCAAAGGCAACGUUCACUAUCCACCUCAGGAGAAUCACUGUACGUUGUUCUGGGGCUUGACAAAAAUGCUUCACCAGAGGACAUUAAGAAGUCAUAUAGAAAACUUGCAUUAAAGUACCACCCUGACAAGAAUCCAGAUAAUCCUGAGGCUUCAGAGAAAUUUAAAGAGAUAAACAAUGCGCAUGCAAUUCUGACUGAUGCCACAAAGCGGAAUAUUUAUGAUAAGUACGGAUCGUUGGGUCUCUACGUGGCAGAGCAGUUUGGCGAGGAGAAUGUAAAUACAUACUUUGUCUUGUCCAGCUGGUGGGCAAAGGCAUUGUUUGUCUUCUGUGGAGUGAUUACUGGUUGUUACUUCUGCUGCUGCCUCUGCUGUUGCUGUAAUUGCUGCUGUGGGAAGUGUAAACCAAAGCCUCCUGAAGGAGAAGAACAAGAAUAUUAUGUGUCUCCAGAGGAUCUGGAGGCACAGCUACAGUCAGACAUGGAGAAAGAGGGAGAUGGAACAAUUGUGGUGCAGCCAACAACAGCCACAGAAACAACUCAGCUCACCAGUGACAGUCACCCCAGCUAUCACACUGAAUGAUUUAAUUUAACCAAGUUUGCUCUUGUAAUUAAAAAAAUAUAUUUACAGUUCAUUUCAGCACUGGGAUAGUUAAAGCUAUAGAUAGAACUUUCACAAGAUUUUCUGCCAAGGUGAGAGCCGCCACCAACAUUGAGAAGGCCACCUUCCCUUAUCUUGCCUUUUGCCACUGUAAAUUAACUUAAGUACUGUAGUGAACAGUAUUUAAAACCAUUUGACACUUUUAUUUUAAUUACAUAAUAUAAUGUGUGAAUGGAAUGAUGUCAUGUAACUGUAUGAAAAUAGAAGCAGUGCACAUAAACUACCACGUAAAUAUGACUAGAAAUUCAGUGCUUGUCACGCUGACCUGUAGUUUUAUUGGCUUUUGUAGAAUGUUGCCAAUAAUGAGUUUGUUUAUAGUGCUUUUUUAUAUAGGGAGCAGGUAAAUAUGGUCAGCUUUGUCUUUGUCAUUUAUGACAUGUUUUGUGCUUGAGGUCAAAGGAAUUUUGUUGUGCGAUCAUAUGGUGUACACAACUUGAGUCAAUGCAUUAUCUACCCAAAUGAAAGGGGUUUUUGGUUGUUCUGAAAAUCAGACGCAGCUCAGUUACUGUCCAUUGUAUAAUUCAAUGUGGUAUUUUGAGAUGGUGUCCAACUGCCAGUUUUUGACAUACAUCUAACAUUCAUUUGGGGGGAAAACACCCUCUAGUGUGGAGUUCUUCAUAGCUGUGCUACAGCAGUCUUGCAGAAAUAUCAACAUUUAAAUUUAAAUGUUACAAUAAAAUAUUAAAUAUGGUGUUUCAAGUGAUCAGUGGACCAGUGUAACCAUUGUAAGAGGGGCUGAUAUAGAAUGGUUGUUUAAUUGUUUACACUUUGGUCAUUUUCAUUUUUAGAAAAAAUCUUUCUAAAUCUGUAUGUUCAGAUCAUGUUUCAUAGCAAAUACUGAUUCAGUGAUGGCUCUUAUCAGGAGCGCAAUCACUUCUGUAGCCUGUUAUAACAUAAGGUAGCAAAUUGCCAAAUGGUAACUACACUAUUCUAUAUUAACUAUUCUUCGCUCUCAAAAUGAGAAUUUUUUCCAAAAUGUUUUAACUACUUCUGUUUGAUCCUGUACAGUAUGGAGAUAGCACCCCAUUUUCUGCCUUCUGCAAAAGUCCUAUGUUUGUCAUUUUUAAAAUGUAACCAAAUUAUAGUGACACGGUCAAAGAAAACUGGCCAGAAUGCAGUACUAGAAGAAAAUGUAUAGGUAAUUUUGACUAAAGAGCACAUAAUUUUAAGUUGUGCUAAAAAUUGUCUUUAUGGUGCUAGGCUUAUUGUCAUGGCAGUCUUGAGAGAACUGGGAGUACUGAUUAGCUGAAAUGCAACAUUAUAUCAUGAUUGAAUUGCCAUCAAACUGUGAUAAUGAAAAGGUUCUAAUAUAAACUGGCAGUUUCAAAAUGGACCAAUUUUUAUUUUUUAAAGAAAUGCAUUAAUAGUUCCUUCCCCUUCGUGCUUUUUUUUGAAAUUUAUUUGCAUGUUUGUUUCUUUGUACAAUGCUCAGUCCUUGGAGUUGAAACACUAACCUUGUUAGAAUUAUAAUAAUUGGUUGUAUUUGAGCAUCUUGUAUUGAGGGAAGAUUAUAGAGAGUUGUCUAAAUGUUUUAUAAAGUCAUGACGUUGCUAUGUUAACCUGGUCAAUUUUAGUUCAGUCUUGUUGGACUGCAUGGUUCCUUACUGUUCCCAUCAAAUCGCCUGCUAACAUGUAUGUUGUUAUCAUAAGCCUUAAUGUCCUUUUGAAAGAACAAAUUGCAAUUGAAUAUUCCUCAAUCAAUGUAUUUUGAGGGUUUCCCAGUGUGACCAAAUCCCAAUCUAUCCGCAAUGGUGUAAUAUUCUCUGAUUGUUGGAUUUUUGGCAAGCGGGGUAGGAACGGCUAAGGUCACUAAUAGAUUUUCAGUCAGUAUAAAGUGAUGUGAAUAGAAUGAUAGCAACUAUUUGAUAGCAAGAGGACAAAUGCAGCUCAAAUAUCUAAGGUGAUGCAAAUUUACUGUCAAUUUUUGAAGGAUUUGCAUGCUUUUACUGAAAAACAACUUGGAUAAUCCAUUGUUAUCACACUGGAUAGAUGCUUGAUUUAUGUAGAAUAUUAAAUAGACAAUCAUGGUUUGUGCUACAAUUGGCACAUUGGAUGAUGUGCUGGUUAAGUGUCAUUGGGUUACUGAAGUUCAUUUGUUACAAGUCCAAGUUUUAUAUUUUGAAGGAUUCAUUAUUUUUUACAUCUGCAUUUGUAUCAUAAGAACUAUAUUUGGGUGUCAUUUUACAGCAAGAAAGCAACCAAAAUAUUACUGUUUUCCUUUAAUGUAUCCUUAAAUCUAAAAUCAUUCCUAUGGUUGGGAAAAAGUAUAAUUGUAUUUGACUCCUAGCCUCUUAUCAUGAAUUGAACCUGACUUAACAUCCAGUUUAUUUAAUUGGAUAUAGUAAUACCAAAAAAAUUCAGGAGUAGUCUUGAUAUUUAGUCUUUCAACAUAACUGCAAAUUUUUUUGGAUUACUGAAACUGUUCUGCAUGAUUGUGCUGAUUUUAAAAUUUCUAUGGCUGACAUCUGGAUGAAUACCAUAUUGAAUUUUAAUUGAGGAAAUCAAAGGUAGUUUAGAGAAAUUGUAUCAUGAAUUUUAUAAUGCUGAUUGGCCUAGUCAAAUUGCUUGAUUUUCUGAAGUGAUACUCACAGUAAAAGAGCAUUUGUGGGCAUCACACAUUGGAAUUUAAAAAUGGAUAUUGCCUAAUUCAAGGAACACUUAACUGUAAUUAAUACUCGAGACCAGUAGAGGAUUCACUUAACCUAGCUCAUUCUGGCUUGUGGAUAAGGAUCUAAAGCUUUCCUUAUUUGAUUAUUCUACUAAAUAUAUUACUUCCUUUCCUUUCCCCUUUCACUUCAUUAGUUCUCACUUCAAAUUUAUCUGCCAUAAACAAUUGGCUGCAAACUCCAAAGAUCUUUGGCUCCGCUGACUCCAAGAUAAAACAUGGUUUCUUUUUUCUUUGUUUCAGCAAUGUUGAGGUAUUUGGGGCACGACAACUGACUAAACAUAUUUUGCAAACCACUUCAGUUUCAAAUGCCAGUGAACCAUCAAAGCUGAAUUGUGAAUGCAUUUUCUCCAAAAUGCCCCCUCUCAACCUUUACAUACAUUCCUUGAUGUUCUGAUCUUUAUCAUAUUAAACUGGUAUGGAAAUGUGGAAAUUUGUUAUUGUUAACUUUAUUAAAUAAUUUAAACAUAGAAUCACAUUUCUACCAUAGCUUGGGUCAUGUAAUUUGUGUCUAGUAAGUUUGUCUGGUUAAUAAUGCCUGUUCCAAUAAUGUUCAAAUGUAAUGUUAAUGUAAACAAUGUUUUGUUCUGUGAAUCAGGAUAACCACACAAUAUAGGAGUAAUUUAAAUUUUAUUGAAUAGUACCUCUUGCAAGUUAUGUUCCAUUUAUAUGGUUAGUUUUGAGAGAAGUUUACAUUAAGUAUUAUAGUUUAGUUUGCAAUACAGGUUUUAAGUAACUUCCUGGUGCACUGAAGCAGUGCAGUACUUCUAGUACUGUACAGUUAAGUACAAGAUCCAUAGAAUAUUGCAAUACCUUUAAAGCAUUCCCAGUCAACUAAAUUGUAUGUGGUGAUGAGUGUCUGAAUAAAGAGGAUAGGUGUCAUCUAUAGUUUUAGAUUUUCUGGCAAUUCUGUUUCAGGUAAUUGUAACUUAGUGGUAUUUGUAAAACACAGUGGCUCAAGGUAUUCAAAUCCACAGGAUGUUUAAAAAAAACAACUUGAUUUCUCCAAAGGUCAACCAGUCAUGUAAUUUGCAUGCUAUUAAAAUAAUUGUUAAUUUGGUAUAUUUAUGUUAAGUUGUCCAUUAUAAAAAUGCCGUAUUUAGUUUUGAUUUAAUAUCAUUUCAAUGUAACGACUGCUACUGAUUCUGCAGCGCUAAUGCUAAAAUUAGAAUCUGGACGUCCCAUUUGAAAACUAAAUUAAUCUGUUAACAGUACAAGAUAAAUGGCCUACUUGAUGAUACAUUUGCAUUAUAUUGACUAAUUGAGGAAAAGCCGAACUAGAUGAAGCUAUUACUUCCAUUCCAUUAAAUUAUAAUACUUUGUUACCCUGCUGCACUUACGAACUUCCUGAAGCCUUUCAAUCUCCAAGUCAGUUUGUGAAAUGUUGUCUGUAAGUUUGACAUACCAGGCUUUAAAUUUGCUUGUCUAAAUACAAUAGAGAUACCUUAACAUAAUUUUCAAUUGUAAUGCAAUGGUGAAUUUGCAACUACAGAAAUGCUUCUCAUCAAUCAGUAAAUUUUUGUUGUGCCAGUCAUCAAAUGAGUUUGUACAAUGAUUUAGAAACUACUAAAAUUGAAUAAUAUUGCAAUUGAUUUAAUGUACACUGCUUUCGCAUGUUUCAGGAGUAACACUAAACAGACCGAAUAACAAAUUAUUUAAAAGAUUGUUGGAUUUGGCUGCAGAUAAAAUAUUGCAAAGCCAGAAUGCAAUGUGCGAACUGUCUUCAAAAUUUGAUAGAUCCUUCAAAAUUCAGAUUAUUGGUAUAAAAAUAGAAACAAACAUUGUUAUGCAACCUUUUUGGUAUUCUUAAAAGGACCAUAGUUGAAAUUGUAUGUAAGUAGAUGUGGUUAUGUUAACUACAGGACUUGAAGCCCAUGGACUCCUGUACAUAAAAUAAACUGUAAUGUUUUUAGCAUGGUUAUUUAUGUACUGUAUUGCUGAAAAUCAUUGGUAAUUUAUUGAUUUGCAGUUGUAAAAUAAAUGUUUCCAAUGCUUAAAUCACUGUAGCUUUUGUCAUUUCCUGUAUGAACCAGUUCUAGUUCUAAAAUAGUUUAGUUAAUAGAGGCAAAAUUCAAUUUAAAAUUUGGC